AAUUGUUUCAAUUCUCAUUCGUACCUGGACGAUAAUCAACUUUGAUAUAAGACGCUAAAAGUAUUGCAGAGAAAAAUUUGGAUGGCAUAUUUAUUCACAUUAUUUAAUUCGAAACAGUUAUCAAUUAUUGAUUUAAUAAAUGUUAAAUUAACACGCUACUAGAGGAGGAGUAAUUUGGUUUGCGGAUAGAAACAUGUUCCAGGCGUAUUGCCUUCGCCCGUUUGUAUGCGUUAGGAUACCUACGAGGAGAUCUCAAAGUAUUCAAGAAACUCGGCCAUUCUUUGGAAUCAUCACCAUCUGAUAAUUUUCGUAGUCUUCCUCCACAAAAGCUUUAUCUAAAUAGUAGUGCCCCCUCGAAAACGAACAUACAUACAUACUAAACAACAACAUACAAGCGAGUUUUAUAGUUAAAUGCUUGAUUGUUUUGCUCAUAACAAAAACAAAAAAAAAUUGCCUCGUUAUUGGAAUAUUAAUUGAAGAAUUUUUAUUUCAUCCCUAUUGAUAUUAUUCUAACAUCGGAGUUUUUAAUAUAUAAUGUUUUCGAACGGCCUACCUUGCAAUUUGUCAUUUCCCAGUUGCCUUGGCGUACCUAAAGACAGUGGGAGCGACGAAUUACUACCAACAACCAUGAGUAAUCGUGAACCAGUUAUUUUAAAUGUCUAUGACAUGUAUUGGAUAAAUGAAUAUACUACAUCGAUAGGUUUAGGUGUUUUUCAUUCCGGCGUUGAAAUAUUUGGUACAGAAUUUGCAUAUGGAGGACAUCCUUUCCCGUUUACUGGUGUUUUCGAAAUAACACCUCGUGAUCAUGAUGAAUUGGGAGAGCAGUUUCAGUUUAGGCAAAGUAUACAAAUCGGCUGCACUGAUUUUACUUACGAAGAAAUUCGACGCAUUGUGGACGAGUUGGGAAAUCAAUUCCGUGGCGAUCGAUACCAUUUGAUGAACAAUAACUGCAACCAUUUUUCCAGCUCUCUAACACAGAUUCUUUGUGGCCAAGAAAUCCCAAGCUGGGUAAACCGCCUAGCGCAUUUUAGCUCCUGUGUGCCAUUUCUUCAAAGAUGCUUGCCAAAAGAAUGGCUAACACCAAAUGCCUUACAACAGAGCAUAACUGCAAUUCACGAACGUGACGAAUCCGACGCCAGUCCUCUUUGAGAACCACAGGAUUAGGAAAGAAUAUAGUGACAAUUUACACAUUUAACAAUCUAUUAUUAUGUAAUUAACGAUAAAGAAUAACUUCAUAACUUGUUUAUGUACAUUAAAUUAAAAUUUGUUCUUGUAAGAUAUAUAUAUAUAUAUAUUUGAUUUCAUACAAUUAAACUUAAAUUAAUAUUAAACUAUACUCAUAACAUUUUAAACAGAAAUAUCAUAUACAUACAUACAUACAACUUUUACAUU